AUGGGCGAACACGCUGCAGCAGUGCGGAGAAAUGACGCCAGUUCUCAAGUUGCGGCUCAUUCGACGGGUUCCGGCCACACAUCCAAAUUUGACGAGGCCGACAUUCGCGCAAGAGGUGACAACCGCGUGAGCCGGGAGCUGCUUGAGUCAUGGUUUACUGGCCCCCAGUCUAUUAACAAGUGCAAUGAUCUUCCCAUUCAAUACAGCAUGCUGAGACUUCGUCUAGGCGGAGUAAUGGGCACGCGGGGAGCGCACCGGUGAACACUCUUCCCAACACCCGGGUCAGCGCAUCAGAUGGUCGAGCCAUCAUCACGCCAACAUCCAAUGCACGUGAUGAAAUUGCAGCAAUUAACGACGCGAAUAUCGGCCAUCACGCCACGGGCCACGAUCCCUGAUGAAGGGGGGGGGAGCCGUGAAUAUUUAUAGGUACGCGGUAGCAUGGCUACUGCAUCCUAUAAAUGCUCCAACCGCAUGUGCAUGAGCCACCCUUAUCUGCUUAUGUCUCUGACGACGGAUUCGAGCAGGAAUCCGAAACGUCAGGCUAAUAAAGCUCUUGUCCCGGCGAUCGUGUCUUCUUCUUCAAGUCUGAUUAUUUUUGACCUUCAUGGAGGCGAAAUGGUCAUGGUUUUACGCAUUGCUCCUGUUGUAUAGAUAUAAUGACUUAGCUUGUCUAUGACUCUUCCAGGAGCUUCAGUUCAUAAAAAGCACGUACUUCAUGGAAGUGUCUUUUGCAUAAGCUGCGUUUUUGUCUACUACUUGGGACUUUUUUCUGUGCUUCAGGUUUGUAAGGCGUUAUUCCGCAAUUUGCGCUCUUUCAGAUCUGAUUCUUGAUCGCUCUAGUCGACCAUUUCAGUCUAUUUCCGGGCGGUUGUGUAUACAGCAGGCAACAUCUAAAUCAAUUUUUCCAUAGCUAAUUUGAAAAUUUCCCAGCAUCCGCUGGCAUUACUUCGUAACACUUCCGCCCAUAGCGUGCAUCCAAUCUUCGAUUCUGCUGCCUCAAAGCCACCCUACUAUACACUACUUAAUGAAUUUGAGCUUUGCUAGGGGACAGCUACGUGUAUUGAUUUCUACAUUAAUGCCAUGUGGUCACAAGAACUUAUGGACGGGUCUGUAUUUAGUUCAUCAACGCUUUCAUUGCUUUUGACAAAUAGUAGACCCGACAACCAGACCUCAGACCUUCACGCUUCCGAGGCAUUGAUCGUACACAUUGAAACAGGAAUGCAUUAAUUGGCAUGUCAAAUAGCAUCUGGUGGGUACUUACCGGUCGCCCUUAAUUGUCGUUACGUUCCAGUCAGUCCAUGGACCAUUAAAAUCCCCUACAUUAUUAAUGAUUUGCUUUCGACUCUUCUCGCAGAGUCGAGUGGUUAACGAAUGAUCUUCGCCGACAGACUGCUACGGAAGCCUGUAUACAACGGUGACUACAACAUCUCCAGACUUAGGAGCCAACAAAUACACUUCAGCAACUCCAGGUUACGUUUACUGCAGAUUCUGCGCAGGGUUAUAUCCGAUUGUAUUGCUGAUAUAUGGAUCAACUCUACAGCCUCUUCUUUUGGUUUGAUGUCGUCUUCGCAUUCUCUAACCAUCUACUUAUAUUUCGGAGUCUUUGGCGUCUGGGGAGAGCCCUGUUUCAUUUAUUAAAAAAGCAUGAAGAUGCAGUUCGGCCACAAUUAUUUUGAUUUUGUCGAGUUUACUCAAUGGACUUUGCAUAUUUCCGCAAAUGUGCCUAAUUGUGUGUAGAUUCUUCAGUCAAAUUAAUUACCCGGUCGUGUGGCUUUUGUCAGUUUGAGGGCUGUCUUCCUAGGAGGGACUUAUAUCGUCAAACAAUCAUUCCGUCCAUCUUACUAGUCCCUUCUCUCCUUGCUCUUUUUAAAGUCUCCUGCUCUGCCUUCACAGAUCCUAUUUUAUUCUCUGUUCAACAAAGUGGUUGGCUGAAAGAAAAAUACCUCUUUGAUCGUGGACUCGUCCUGUCGUUCGCUCAAAUGGAGCGUCAUGCUGCGUUGUUGUCUACUACUUGGGAUUUUGUUCUGUGCUUCAGGUUUGUAGGGCGUUCUUCCACAAUUUGCGCUUUUUUAACUUCAUGGCCGUAUAGAAGUGGACCAAGUGAUGAAGCGCACACUCACACAAGUCCUCAUGCCGAUAGUGGGGCGGUCAGGAACUUGAGAGGCCGGCACCGCCACUUGGCCAGGCCGUACGUUCCUGACCACUGACUCAGACACCACGGUCUCUUCAUCAGCACAAUUCCCGGAGAUACUUAAAGGAGUAAGCCUCCAUUCAAAUGAGUUCAUGCUAUCUUUUGAUGCUUCAUUCCUUUUUACUUCUAUUUGCCAGGACCUGACGAUCGAGACAGUCGAGCUGCUACCUCAGAGCAAAUACGAUGAAACCGGAAAUCGUCUUCGACAGGCCCAAAUCCUUCAACUCCUGAAGCUUUGUCACAGGACGAACUUAAACUUCGACGGGACAAUCUACGAACAGGUGAAGGACAUACAAAUGAGUUCGCCGAUUUCGGGAUUCAUCGCCGAGGCGGUCCUGAACGGUUAG